GACCUUUGACCUCAAGAUAUGUGAAUGAAAAUGGGUUCUCUUUGUACCCACGAGCAUCAAGCAUAAAAAUAUGACGCGACAGAUGCGUCGCUUUGUUUUUCUUGUCAUAUUUCAUACAGUAUGUCAUACCAGAGCAGACUGUUACGGGUUAGGUGAGGAUGCUUUCAAUGACAGCUGUAGGAGUCGUGUUGUUUAAGCAUCUACAAUUCUUUGUGGCCCCUUUUGUCUCAAAUAGCGUCUGACACAGAUAUAACUUUGACUCUCCUACCACCAAACUUUCCUGUGAAGUCAUAUUUCAAAGUUUUUGCAUUCGGGUAAAGGUGAGCAGCAAGAUGAAAAACAAACCCCGCCUCUCUAAACCCUUUUAUAAGAGCUCAGCGGUACAAACUAUCCCUGCAGUGACGCGAUUAAACGCACAAUGAGGAGCUUCACCUUGAUAACAGCUUUACUUCUCUGCAGCCUCAGCUCCGUCUCAGGUUCUGAGUCUCAGACUGUGAAGGUUCAGUCUGGUGAUGAAGUCACACUGACGUGCAACAACAUUACCAGCCGUCCAGCUCAUACGGAGUGGUUCAGACUGAUCAACAGAACCAAGCCCAGCUGUAUCUCCUAUAUGUACUGGGAUGAUGAUGAAGCUUCGUUCUGUGAUGGAUUUCAAAAAGAAAAAUUUGAAAUGAGCUCCAACAUCUCCACUGUCUUUCUUAAAAUCAAGCGAGUGGAUUUAUCUGACUCUGGACUGUAUUUCUGUGGAAUCUACGUGAAAGCACAUACUGUCAUUGCCGAUUUAACACAUUUAAUCGUUCAAGGUGAUGGUGAAUCUGAUGGUAAAGUGGAUUUUAAGACUGAAAAGGAGUUUGAUGUAACGGCAAACCUAAUGAGUUUGAUCCUGGGUGGUCUGACCGUUUCCCUCACCAUAGUCGUCGUUGUUCUGGCUGUUAAAGUCAGGAAACUUCAGACAGCUGUGAAUGAGGAGCCGCAGCCAGAAAGAAACAAGAAUCUGGGCUCUGAUGAGCUGAACUCUGCAGCGCUGAGGUUCCUUCCAGAGACAAUGAGGAACAGGAGGCCUGCAUCAGAGAGAGAAGUGGAGACUCGUGUUGUUUAUGCUGCCAGCAGAUAGACUCCGGAAGACACUGUAUUGAGGCGUUAAUGCAAAUUUGUUUUAACACCACUCAUUUCUUUAACGCA